CAUCGGAGGUAAAAAUGAUAGACAGGUGUUUUGACGGGAGUCGGUGCAUAUAAAAUAAUGUUAUUCCGUUUAAGACAAUUUUAGGCCGUGUGUUGCAGUAUGUGGAGACAAACAUGUCAUUCAAAAGAUAUUUUUUAUCGACGUUCCCCAUUUUCUUAAUAAUUUCUCCAGCACUGUCUUUAUUGUACAACUCUACCGAUGACGUGAUCAGUUUGGACAAUUCCACUUUCUACAGUACCAUAUUGGGAUCACAGUUCGCUUGGAAUGUUGAGUUUUACAACAGCUGGUGUGGACAUUGUAUCAACUUUGCUCCUACCUAUAAAAAAGUUGCGACCGACACGAAAGGAUGGCAGGGUGCGGUGGGUGUAGCGGCCAUUGACUGCUCAGAGGCCAAAAACCAGCCCAUUUGUACCCACUAUGGAGUUCAAGGCUUUCCAACUCUGAGGUUGAUCCCGCCGGGAGCGCUCCCUGAGGAGUUGGGUGUUAACUACUUCAGCAUAGACCAGACGGAGAUAGAGACAAUUAUCAUUGACUACCUUACAAACCUGACCAUCAUCAACAGAGCACCUAAGGGGUGUCCCUACCUGCUCCCUCUCAGGCAUAUGGAAAACAUAUGGCAAUCAGCAAAAGAGAAUCAUAAACACCUAGCCCUAAUAUUUGAGGAGGAGGAGGCUUAUUUAGGAAGACAAGUCAUGCUGGACUUCUCCUUAAACCCAAACAUCCUGGUUCAUAGGAUGGAUGUGCAAAGCACGAAAAAGUUUGGCAUCAACACUUUUCCUUCUAUGUACAUAUUUCAACCUCAUGGUCUACAACAGAUAGCAAAAGGGUUUACAGACAGAGUGUCAUUUGUGAAAGCACUGACUGCCCUCGUGUCCUCCGGCAAGAUAGACAACCCCCAUCUACUUCCCUCACCACAUUCUGAGCAUGCUGAACAGAACGCUCCUCAAAUGCAGCAAGGAAUCGUCCAAGAAAUGGUUGGCAAGAAAAAUGGCAAAGAAAAGUAUCUGGUCUUCAUGCAGGAUUUAGAGUCGGCCUUGACCUACUGUCUGAGACAGGAAGUGGCCAUCCAUCAAGACAUUGGAGGAGAAUCCCUGAAAGCCCUUCAGCAUUUUGUUCGCAUUUUGGCUAAAUUUUUCCCGGGCAGAGAGGAAGUCAGUAGAUUUCUGCGUAAGCUCUCUAGUUGGCUGGACAGUGUUCAGGAUAUCACAAGUUACCAUUGGUCACACCAAAUGGAGACGCUACAGACUGUUGAUUCUUUCUUGCCUGAAAACAUUCACUGGGUGUCAUGUCAAGGGAGCCAGACAUAUUUCCGGGGUUAUCCCUGCGGGAUGUGGACCUUGUUCCAUACUAUCACUGUCAAUUCCUACUUGUAUGGAAAGGAUAGUGCAAAGUUCCUGUACAGAGAUGUUCUGACAGCAGUUGCAGGUUACAUGAAGCAUUUCUUUGGCUGUUCAUAUUGCAGCAAACAUUUCACACAGAUGGCAGCAACUAUGGACUCUGAUGUGACAUCCCCUAAGGAGGUUGUCCUCUGGUUGUGGAGGUCACAUAACAAAGUCAACAAGAGGCUCCACGGUGAUGCCUCUGAGGACCCAAUGCAUCCCAAAGUUCUGUUUCCUCCAAAAUCUGCCUGCCCAAAGUGUUACAACACACUGGGCACUCAGGAGGCUCAGUUUGAUGAAGAGGCUGUUCUCGGCUACCUGCUGGAGCUGUAUGGAGCUGACCACAUUGUUAGCAUUCCAGAUGGUGAAGAAGGCAUUCCAGAUUCUAUAGGUGAGAGGAGAGAUAUGGACUGGUGGCAGAAGAUGCAGAGAAGCAAAGACCUGGAGAAGCUUCAGCAGAUUCGUCAGCAGAAACAAGAGAGGAGAGAGAGACUGCUCGCUAAGGUGCCCCGUCUGCAUUCUACCAAGAUCAUCCUCCCUGCUAUCGGGUCUGUCAGUCAAACAGAUAUGAGUCUGUGUGCCGUUUAUUAUGUAAUGUGUGUGUCAAUAAUCAUUGCUUUGUAUUAUCAUUUUUUCUACAAGAAAAAAUGCAAGUCAAGAAAGCAUUCUAAUGGCAUUUUUAUUGUUAAAUAGUUAUAAUUGUUUAUUGUUAUAUUAAUUCAUUGCCAUACUUUUUAAACAGAUACAGUUUUUGGAUCUCAAUUUAUUUAUGAUUUGAUAUGAGCUGUAUCCAAAAUAGGGUAGUUUUUCUGUCCUGUAGCUGUAAUGAGGGUUUUUAAUGAAACAGUAUUCUUUAAUUACCCCCAGAAGUAUUAUCUGAUAUGUUGCCUUUGAUCUCUUUUCUACAUCUCUUAAAUACUUUCACUUUUUAACCUCUGACUGAGAAUUAAUACAAAAUGCCCUUAAUUAUCUAAGGUUUUGAUGAGUAGUAAGUUUUAGUCCAAAUAAAUCAUAAUUUCAUGCUUUAUACAAGUACUGUUCAGUGCUGAUAUGCUUUAUAGGGUGUAGAUGCCAGUUUUUAACUUUUGACUCAUUUUUUGUUUGAGUUAUUUUUAUAUGUCGAUCCCACUAAUUUUAAAUGAUUAAGUUGUUCUAUGAUUGUUUUAUGUCACUUUCAAAAGGUAAAUGAGGAACUGCUAUGUACCAUGUUUUAAUUCUUUUCAUGGAUACGUGUUGAAAUGUAAUCUGUUAGCAUCAGAAUACAUCACAAUUUAUGGUGAAUUGGAUUGUAUGUAAGAGUUAAAUUAAAAAAUGAUUUUUGGUUGGAAAAUUAAUUUUUUUUCAUUAAUUGUGAACUUAAAUGUUGUGAAUGAAACUUGUAUCCCUCAUAGUGGCAACUGUCUCCACAUUUUGUGUGUUUGUGUGUGUGUGUUUCAUUAUUGAAGACAUUUUAACACAUAUAAUAGUACUGAACAUCUGUGUUGUAAUAAUCUGAUUUAAAACUGUGUUGUCAUUAAUAAUGUGUGUUAAAAUAAUUGAUUUUCAUUUGCUCGUUUUAUUUCAUCUAUAAUCAGGAUUUUUACUUACUGCAUUUAACUACCGAUAGGCUAUAUUGAUUUAUUAUUGAUAGCAAAAAAUCUACUUCAUGCCCCCUCCCCCUAAGCAAAAUUAAGAAUAAGAUGCUGUUCCACUUUAAAAAAAAAAAAAAAACAUUAAAAUUCAGGUCACACAGGCUUAUCCUAUACACUGAAUUCAAGUUCAUACAUGUAUUGGUUUUAUAUUGUAAAGAGCUUGUAUGAUUUUGAUAUGUAAAAUAUCAUUGAUUAUCUUGAUUUAUGCUUCUGUUGAAUAGGAUACUAUUUACACAUGACUGAGAAGUAUUACAUGUAUUUUAUGAUUUUAAUUUUUUUUUAGUUUUACAGUUUACAAGAAUAUCACCAUACUGAAAACUGUAAAUGAAAUUUUUAAAAUCCUUUUUUUUUAUUAGCUCACCGAGACGAAGUCAAGGAGAGCUUAUGCUAUACCCUCGGCGUCGGCGUCGGCGGUGGCGUCGGCGUCGGCGUCGGCGUCCGGACCUGGUUAAAGUUUUUGUUGCAGGUCCUGUAUCUAAGCUAUUACUUGUCCUAUCUUCACUAAACUUGCAUGGAUGAUGCAUCUGGACCUACUUAUGGACUUGAAAGACUUGGAUGCUGAAUCUGGGUCCUAAAUUUCAGAUGCUGGAGGAGGAAAAGAAUGUUGGACCAGGUUAAAGUUUUUGUUGCAGGUGUCCUUUGAUAGCAAUAUCUUAGUUACUGCUGGUCCUUACUUCACCAAACUUGCAUGGAUGGUGUGUCUUAUGAUACUGAUGCACCAGACAGGCUUAAGUGCUGAAUCUGAGCUAUAGGUUUCGGAUGCUGGAGGAGGUUAAGGUUUUUGGAGCAGGUUAAAGUUUUUGUUGCAGGUGCCCAUUGAUAGCAAUAUCUAAGUUACUACUGGUCCUAACUUCACCAAACUUGUAUGGAUGAUGGGUCUUAUGAUACUGAUGCACCUGACAAGCUUGAAUGCUGAAUCUGAGCCAUAGGUUUCGGAUGCUGGAAGAGGUUAAGGUUUUUAGAGCUGAUUUAAGUUUUUGUUGCAGGUGCCCUCUGAUGAUUAUAUCUUAGUUACUACUGGUCCUAACUUCACCAAACUUGUAUGGAUGAUGCGUCUUAUGAUACUGAUGCACCUGACAAGCUUGAAUGCUGAAUCUGAGAAUAGGUUUCGGAUACUGGAAGAGGUUAAGGUUUUUAGAGCUGGUUAAAGUUUUUGUUGCAGGUGCCCUCUGAUGAUGAUAUCUUAGUUAUUACUUGUCCUAACUUCACCAAACUUGUAUGGAUGAUGGGUCUUAUGAUACUGAUGCACUUGACAGGCUUGAAUGCUGAGUCUGAGCCAUAGGUUUUGGAUGCUGGAUAAAGUUAAGUUUUUUGGAACAGGUCACAUGUUUAAUAGAUGAUAGUACUUUUUCAAAUUUGCAUAGUUGAUUUAACUGUAAUAUGAAUGAAUCACAGAGGUAGUUUCAGAUGCAGAGCUUGAUCUCCAUUAUCAAGGAUGCUAAAAAAUAAAUCUUAGUUAUUACUGGUCCCUACUUCACCAAACUUGAAUGGAUGGUGUGUCUUAUGAUACAGAUGCACCUGACAGGCAUGGAUGCUGAAUCUGAGCCAUAGGUUGCGGAUGCUGGAGGAAGUUAAGGUUUAAAUUGCUAGUGCCCUCUAAUGAUGAUAUCUUAGUUAUUACUGGUCCAAACUUCACCAAACUUGCAUGGAUGAUGUGUCUUAUGAUACCAAUGCACCAGAUGCGCUUGAAUGCUGAAUCUGAGCCAUAGGUUUCGGAUGCUGGAUGAGGUUUAGUUUUUCGGAACAGGUCACAUGUUUUAUAGAUGAUAGCUUGCAUAGUUGAUUUAACUUUAUUAUAAAUUAAACGCAGAGGUUGCUUCAGAUGCAGAGCCUGAUCUCCAUUAUCAAGGAUGCUAAAGAAAUCUCCUACCUUACUCAAACCUGCUCGAUAGAUAGAUAUGUUUGUUGAUAAAUGAUAUAACAUGAUUCCUAUGAUAUAGUAUUGUAUGAUAUGAAACAAUAUUGUUUGAUAUGAUACAAUAUGAU